CAGUGUCUGUGUCUGCACUUGAGUCUCAGAUCUGCCCCUCGGACGUAACACAGCUGUUACAAUAUUAUUUGAUAUUUCACAACAACUGUCACCUCACACCACCCACAGUCCAAAGACAUGCAGUUUAAGUUAUUUGGAGACUAGAAAUUGCCCGUAGGUGUGAAUGUGAGCAUGAAUGUUGUUGUGGUUUGGAUAAUUGAAUGGAAAGACAGCUUGUGUCUUAAGGGCAUGCAAUGCUCUCAAACUGGUUCACUGUUUGCAGAUUCACACCCAAACUGAAGACGUUCUUCUUAUUCCUCACAUUUCUUUCACAAUUGAAGGCUACAGCAUACUCGCAUGAUGGCGGUAAAUUGGCCAGGACUGGUGUCCAUAGGAGUGUUUUACAUGAUGAUACUGGGCAUGGGUAUCUGGGCAUCCAGGAAGUCCAAACGUGAGGAGAAGAAGUGCACGGGGAACCGCAGUGAAGUCACUAUGGUUGGGGGGCGGAACCUAAACAUCUGGGUCAGCAUCUGUACUAUGACAGCCACUUGGGUGGGAGGAGGCUAUAUCUUGGGUAAUGCUGAAGUGGUCUAUGAUCCAACAAAGGGGUUGGCGUGGGUCACUGGACCCCUUGCCUACAUCAUAAAUUUGGUUAUAUGUGCACUCUUCUUUGUCAAACCUAUUCGGUCGAAGAAUUAUGUCACCCUCAUGGACCCAUUUCAGGAGAAAUACGGCAACGCUGUCGCUGCUGUCCUUUUCAUUCCCGCUCUCAUUGGCGAUAUCUUGUGGAUAGCAUGUAUUCUUGGCGCACUGGGAGGGACGAUAAGCGUGGUCAUAGAUAUCUCCUCCUCGCUGGCCGUGGGCAUCUCUGCUGCUGUGGCAGUCCUUUACACGUUAAUGGGAGGACUGUAUUCUGUGGCCUACACUGAUGUCGUCCAGCUUGGCUUGAUGCUCGUUGGCUUGUGGCUCUGCGUGCCUUUCAUACUGGCAAACCCCUCCUCUGCCAACAUCACUCUUGCUGCAGUAACCAAACUGCACCAGGAGUCAUGGAUCGGCAGGCUAAAGCCAGAAGAAGCAGGUCGCUGGGUGGAUAACUUAUUGCUAAUGGCCAUUGGAGGGAUCUGCUACCAGAAUUUCUACCAGAGAGUCCUGUCCACAGCCACUGAUGCUCAAGCCAAAAUCACCUGCUAUGCUGCAGCAGUAUUAUGCCCAAUCCUUGCCAUCCUGUCACUCGUCAUUGGGGCAGCAGCUGCAUCUACCAAUUGGAACGAGACCAGCUACGGUUCUCCCAGCCCGUACGAACAGGGCAAAGCCUGGAUGAUCUUGCCGAUUGCCCUUCAGCAUCUUUGCCCAUUUUACGUCUCACUGAUUGGUAUGGGAGCACUUGCUGCCUCUGUGAUGUCAUCGGUUGACUCUGCACUUCUGUCCUCCGCCUCCCAACUGGGCCGAAAUAUCUUCAAGAACAUCUUCUACAAAGGGGUAACAUCUUACAUUACCAUUACUCAUAUUGUGGCAUGUUUGUUUUUUUUGGACUUAUUUCAAAGUACUGAAUGUUACAAAGAAAAACACAUGUCACUAUUCUGAUAACAAAUGAAUCGCCCCAGGCACAUUCUAAAAA